AUCUCCAAUGGUCAGGUCUCAGUCUCAUGAUAGUCAUGAGAACUCUGAUCAAAGAAGUGGGGCAGAAAAUAUGAGUAAUGAUGAGUAGAAUCAUACAGCACGGAAAAGAGUAACACCACUGCUGCUCAGUCCACGAUUCAGGAAUCCACCAGACGUCAGCACCAGCUUCUAACACGGGAAUCUGUGCUCUUGCUUAUAUUUGUUCUUCCCCCCAAGACUGAUUCACAUUAAUCCUCAGAAAUGCCAAAAGGUGAUUACAUCAUGCCAGGAUCUUUUGGAGGUGGAAGAGGUGGACUUUACCUCAGAUCAGAAGAGGCUGUUUGCAUUGUUCUUCUGGUUAUAAUCCUUGUAUUUCUACUGAUCAUUGGAUGCUGGUACUACAAGAAACGUAAUGGAUACUUAGUUCUCCAGAACCGGCACUUAUCCAAUACUGUCGUGGGUUCUUUGAUGGCAAGACACCAUGACAGUGAGGAAGGAACCCCACUGGAGAGUAAAUCAUCAUUGCAUGAUUUCACUAGCUCAAAUCUGAUUCCAAAUGCUCCUCCUGCAUAUGAGAAAAAUGCUUCAGAACAACUGCCACCGGCAUAUUCCCCUUAAAUUGUCAAAGGGUAUUAAUCCUGUGCUUCCGAUGUUAUUAUCCCAAACUUGGUUACGCAGCAAUGUAAUGUUUGUUUUCCGUAUACAUUAAUUGCUUAAUACUGAUUUUUGCAUGAAAUAAACCAAAAUUAAAUAA